UCACGGUCAUCAGAUCUAGGUUUGUUAGUCUUCGACUGUUGUCGUCGAGAGCGUCCACGGCGUUCUUGCUGAACCUCCGACUGGUCUUGUUCAGCAGCUUCGCCUUCCGAUUUUACCAACUGCACUUCAUACUCGUCGCUUAGUUCACCCAAAGGACCACCAGAAGUUUGGAUAUUGCUAGCAUCCACGGUAGUCUUUCGCGUAAUUCGAGGUUUUUUCGCUUGUUUGUCGGUUUCUGUCUGUGAUGUUGAAGGUAGAACUGUACCACUGUGGAGGAAUGCAUUCAGAUCUUUCAGCUGGUCACGGUACCUGUUGUUCUCUUUCACAAAGUCGGUAACAAUCUUGAGAUCAGAAUCAGAACUGUUAAUAGCAGACCGCCAAUCCGGGUGCAAGAUCUUCUGCAGCCUAACCAACUUUGCACAGUCUCCAAGUCUAUAA